GGAGGAGGCCGAGGCGUCAUCGGCAUGGAGAGAGGAGCCGACAGCAUCGAGUUAGAAAAGACCACCACUGCAGUGGUCCCAACCUCUCCACGCUCGGCCCAUCCUCAGACAGGACAGUCAGUCAGGGAAGACCUAGACAACCUCCUCAACAACAGCAAACUACACGACACACCCUCCACCCGCUGCCCCGGGCCACCCUGACCUUGUGAAUAACCUCCUGAACCGCAGUGUGACAGCAGACACACAGCACCAUAGUAUGGACAGUCUAAUUCUGACCAGUAUGGCCAAGCCGGCUCAUAUGGUCGUGGAUAUGAUGCCUCCUGUCUAUCCAUAUCCCUACACAAUGCCAUCCUGCAAGUGAACAAGAACGCUAACACAGACCAGAAAAAGAAGGAUGAGGAGAAGAAGGAGGAAGAGGAGGAUGAAGGGGGCGAUGAAGAUGGUCCCAAACCAAUGCCCCCGUUCAGCUCCUGUUUCAUACUGUCCACCACCAACCCGUUCCGUAGGUGCUGCCACUACAUCCUGACCAGGAAGUACUUUGAGUUCAGUAUCCUGUCUGUGAUCGCCAUGAGCAGCAUCGCCCUGGCUGCAGAAGACCCUGUCUGUCCUGAGUCACCAAGCAACCAAGUGCUGAAAUACUUUGACUAUGUCUUCACGGGCGUCUUCACGUUUGAGAUGUUGAUCAAGAUGGUGGUGCUAGGCCUGUUCUACAUCAGGGUUCAUACUUCAGGGACCUGUGGAACAUCCUGGACUUUAUAGUGGUUAGUGGUGCUCUGGUGGCCUUCGCCUUCACCUCCAAUGGCAUGCCUGCGCUGGGACUCACAUGGAUUACACGACGACAUCACACAAACCUGUCUGGGAUGUGUUACGAUGAGGUGCUGACGGUGUUGAUGAUGUAACAAGAGGAAGAAGCUGAACGUGUGUCUGAUUGAGAUGUCACUAACAUUCUAUGACGCAGAAUGUGACCAAUGUUUUGAUCAAGGUGCUACACAUAGAAUUAGGAAUUAGAACACUAGAAUGGUCAUGAUCCUUCUUAUGAUGGGAUAAAGGUCAGCCAUUUUGGUCAGGGCGUUGGUCAACCGUGGUUUGACAGUGUUGUGAUCAGAUAUUGUGUAAAAUAAUGAAUUUGAAGACUGCAUCUGCACUGUGUUUGUUAGCUAGCCAGCCAGUUUAGA